AUGCCGGCGUUGCAGUGGCCCCCGUAUGUGAUAUACGUCAAAGACGAGUACGGGCAAGACAGGGUGUGGGGCAUCUCCGGAGCACUCAUGGGAAAUAUGACGGAGUCCAUGGGCCUACGGUACGUUGUGAAGAAGCCCGCCGACAACCAGUGGGGGUACCGGAUGGCCAACGGAUCGUGGGCAGGCAUGCUGGGAGAUUUGCACAGAAAUGAGAGCGAGCUUGCCGUGGGACCUUUUGUGAUCACGUCUGGUACUGCUUCACAUUUCCCGAAUGGCUACAUCUACAUGAUUGACACAUUCAACUUUAUGAGUGGCAUCGAGCACCCAUUCGCUACUGAAAUUUUCACCAGGAUCUCAGCAUUUGACAUUCAGAUGUGGGCCCUGAUGUUCGCGUACAUGAUCUUGCUGGCAUUCCUCAGCCUUCGUCUGCUGUCCGCAAACGAGCAACGGCGCUCCACAGCCGGCUUUCUCGAGCGAUUCGACAAGUGGAACGACAUGCUCUUCCUCUACUUUUCCGGUCUCAUGCAGAGAGCCUCCUCUCAUCGCGACGGCAGCAACACGAGCGCCCUGUUCCAUGGCCUGCUGUGGCUGUGGCUGGUGUGCAGCUUCUUCGUGAUGAACUUCUUCACGGCCAACAUGAGUGCCAGCCUGAUGGUGAAGACCGAGGCGCCGCGCAUACGCACAGUGGCUGACGUGCUGCGGACGCCCGACAAACGCAUACUGCUCUUCGCAGACAGCGGCUUCACCGACCUUCUUAUGUACUCGGAUCUGGAGUCUUACCGAGCCGUGUACAGCCAAAUCAUGCGGACGGGCGGCGAGGUGCGACCGGCGGACGUGUUCCUACAGAGCAACAUGCGCCGUGUGCUCAAGCAGGACGUGGUGAUCCUGCAGGAGAGACUAACGCUCGACGACCAGGUGGGGCGCCAGUGCUCGAGCCUCGUCGGCCACGGUUUCUUCUACUUUAGCGAUGAGUAUCUGGCGACGCUCAUGAUCGGCUGGUAUGCUAGAGCUGACUUCGACCCCGUGCUCAAGGAUGAGUUUGACAUCAGGCUGAAGUGGUUUGUGGAGAGCGGCCUCCUGCAGCGGUUCCGGCAGGAGAUCUCCCCUAUCGGUGAGGAGUGUAUGCUGCGCAUGAGCGACAAGGCGGACAUGCAGCACCGCGCCUUGCUCUUCGACGACCUGAAGCCGCUGUUCUUACUCUUGCUACUGCUGCUGAAGGCAGCCGCUGUCGUCUUCGUCAUCGAGCUGCUAGUUGCGACUGCGAACCGAAGACGUGCAAGGCCUCGGCGCCACUGCACAUCACAGACCGCCACCGGAAGCUACAGCGCCGGCUCACUCGAACAAACUGCACAAACAGCCUGA